CCCGAUGCUCACGUCAGCUGCUUCUCCUCAUUCGUUUCUCGGGAAAUCGACUUCCGUCUUCCGGGAAGCUUAGGGUUUUGAUUUUUUUUGCGGAGGAGGCCGUGGACUGAGAUCGAUCUGGCUUGUUGAGGGUUUUUGGAGAGGAUCUGAUGGUCAGCAAUCAAGAAUUAGCUUCCAGUCCCAUUGACCUCUUCCGGCUGGCGGCACGGUGGAGGUCGGGCCCGGAGUGGAAGAAGAUGGAGGAGGAGCUGGAUUCGGAGCCAGUGCCGUCGCACCUGAACACAAUCAACAGCUCAGGCUUGUUCAACAUCGUCUCGACGGAUAAGAUGUCGGUACAGUACGUAGGAUGCCAACAUCAUGGGCAUGAUGUUGGGGUGGUGCAGGCUGAUUGCCCCGCCCCUACUCGGCGGUUCGUGUACUACUUCGAGAUGACGGUGAAGAAUGCGGGUCAGAAGGGGCAGAUUGCCAUCGGUUUCACCACGCAGCAGUUCAAUAUGCGGCGGCAACCUGGUUGGGAAGCUAAUAGUUGUGGAUAUCAUGGGGACGAUGGUUGUCUUUAUCAUGGACAUGGAAAAGGGGAAUCUUUUGGCCCCACAUUUACAUCUGGUGAUACAAUAGGUGCUGGUAUCAAUUAUGCAUCACAAGAAUUCUUUUUCACAAAAAAUGCAAAACUUGUUGGAAUCGUCCCCAAAGGUAUAAAAGGUCCUUUGUAUCCAACAAUUGCUGUUCACAGUCAGAAGGAAGAGGCAACUGUCAACUUUGGGCAGUAUCCGUUCCUUUUUGACAUUGAGACUUUUAUAUUGGAAGAGAGAAUGAAGCUGCCAAAAAUGGUCGAAAAGUUGUCCCUACAACCUGAUGUCAGUCAUUGGAUUGUGCGUUCGUAUCUGCUACACUAUGGGUACCAAGAUACACUAAAUUCAUUUGACAUUGCAAGUGAAGAUACGUGUCCUUCAAGUCCUGCAGUACAAGAAAAUGGUUUUGGUGAACAUGGAGAUGUAUAUGCACUUAGCCACAGAAAAGUUUUGCGCCAGCUCAUCAAGAAUGGGGAAAUCGAUACUGCAUUUCAAAAGCUUCGAGAAUGGUAUCCUCAGGUUGUGCAGGAUGACACAUCAAUUGUUUGUUUCUUGCUUCAUUCUCAAAGAUUUAUUGAGUAUAUCCGGGUUGGGUUCUUGGAGGAUGCCGUAAGAUACGCCCGUGCUGAACUGGCCAAUUUUUUUUCAGUUAAACCUUUCACCGAGCUUCUUGAGGACAUUAUUGCGCUGCUGGCAUACAAUGCACCUUUGGAAUCAUGUGUGGGCUAUCUACUUGAAAUGUCGCAGCGUGAGUUUGUUGCAGAUGCGGUGAAUGCAGUGGUCUUAUCGACAAAUCCUAACUUGAAGGAUCCUGAAAGCUGUAUGUGCACGGUCCUUGAGAAGUUACUGAGGCAACUGACAUUGUGCAGCUUGGAAAGAAGGGCAUUUAAUGAAGAUCAAGGGGAGGCAUUCUAUCUCCACAGAGAAUUACACGGGGCAGGAAAGGCCAAGUAUUAGCUAGUAAGACACUUGUCCGUGUGAACUGGCAGAUGCUCCUUAUAUGCUGCAGUAGUUGGUCCCAUUUUUUUGACAGGUUAUCAGACGAGCAUGAAAUUCAUGGUUUGGCUUUGAGAAAAGCUACCGAUGACCAAUGUGUAAAGACAUACUGUCCACGAGACUGAGAAUUGCUGCCUUGAAAAGCUUUUUAUUGUGCCAUUUCCUGCACACUGAACAUCUAAAUUGUAAGUAAGUUACAAUAGUUAGAACCAUGAGCAAUUGUCUUGCAUACCUCGUGUUGCGAAAUUUGUGCAAUUUAGUGCAUGGUUACUGUUUGGACUGAUUCCUGCCUUACCAUGAUUGUGCGUGUGUGGAUUUUGACACGGAAAACAGCUACAUUUAUGGGCUUGACUCUCUAGAUACCUUAAAUAUGAAGCCUUGAAGAGCUAAGAUAUUGAA